AUGGCCCAGAGAGUUACAGAUAUCAACGAUUGGGUCAGAAUGCCUUAUGUUAUUAGCACAACACAAAACCAUUUUUACGAAAACUACCCAGAACAAGCAUUCAGAACUGGCCGCACUUUGAACAGACCUGAUGCCUGUUGGGAGGCUACAAGCUUGACAUCCUUGUCAGAUUGGAGUUGUGAUUCAGGUGGUCUAUGCUGUACCUGCGACUGUGAUUGCCAGCCUGCGGCGAGGGUCAACGCGCAGCCAGUUGGAUAUUUCUGCAAACCCAAGGAUGGUGCAAGUGUUCCUGACGGCACACAUUCACAGAGCCUCGGGGCAGGACAAGGACUGCCAGGACCUUUCUACACUCACUAUCAGCCCAACACCUAUUACAGUUAUAUGAGAAAACCACGUGUCUUGUAUGGCAGACAAGAGGCCUCGUCAGUCGAGGAUAUGAUCUACUAUAGAGCCAAGGAGCAGCGGUACAAGAAUGACGCCGAGAGAAGAAUUCAAGAUUGGACACGAGUCAUGCCUGAACUCGUUGGCAACAGUCAGACAACAUCCUCAAGACACCGCAAGUCGACCAGAUGCACCAGGAACAACAAUAAAGAAGACGAAAACCAAGGCGUAUACAAAGACGAGAAGAAAAAGAAGAACAAGGGGGAUGGGGGCAAAAGAAACAAGAGACACGCGUUCACACGACGAUCCCACUGGAGAGAUUGA